UAAACAGUGAGACACAUGUCCAUUUCUGUUUAGUGCAUCCAGUGGAGUCAAAGUAAGUGUUCUGUUAAAACAAAUGAAGGACGGUGGAUAUAUAUUUGGGUAAAUAGCAUGAAACUGUACCAGGCACUCCGUCAUGUCGACAAGUUCAGAACCGUUUUCGACUUUGGCGGACGGGAAGUGGCUCACUGGUUCCCCGGACACAUGGCUAAAGGAAUAAAACAGAUGAGAGCCAACCUGAAGAGUGUGGACUGCAUCAUAGAAAUACACGAUGCCAGAAUCCCAUUCUCUGGAAGAAACCCGGUGUUUCAGGACACACUAAGUGCCAAACCACAUUUGCUAAUUCUCAACAAAAUGGACCUCGCUGAUCUGUCCAACAAGCAGAGAAUCCUGAAGAAGCUAGAAAAAGAAGGGAUGACACAUGUUCUCUUCACAGACUGCUUAAAGCAGAGAGACCACAACAUCACAAAGCUGGUGCCAAAGGUGAUGGAUAUUAUUGCAAGCAAACCACGCUUUAACCGUGAGGAGAAUACAAAUUACUGCCUGAUGGUGAUUGGAGUGCCCAAUGUUGGGAAGUCGUCUCUUAUUAACUCGUUGAGAAGAACAAACCUAAAAAAGGGUCGUGCAUCUCGAGUAGGUGGGGAACCAGGAAUAACCAAAGCGGUCCUAACUAAAAUUCAGGUGUGUGAGCGGCCCAUAAUGUACCUGUUAGACACACCUGGAGUCUUGCCUCCUAAAAUUGAGAGUGUUGAAACAGGCAUGAAGCUGGCCUUAUGUGGAACUAUACUGGACCAUUUAGUGGGUGAAGACAUCAUCGCUGACUACUUACUCUAUUCUCUGAACAGGCUAGGAAAGUUCAGUUAUGUGGACAAAUAUGAUCUCCAAGAGCCUAGUGACGACAUCCAGCAUGUCCUCAAACGCAUUGCUGUAAAACUUGGAAAAACUCAGCGGGUCAAAGCGAUUACUGGAGUGGGAAAUGUUACCAUCACAAUACCAAACUACACAGCAGCAGCAUAUGAUUUCAUAAGAGCCUUCAGGAAAGGAGAGCUGGGUCAAGUAAUGCUCGACUGACCCGAGUCAUUUUACCGAUGAUAACUAAAAACUGUUUCUGGAUUUCUUCAAGAGCAUAUUAGUCUGUGUCUGCACUGACAUGGUGCAGUUUUUUGGGCUUGUGGAUAAUGCAAAAAGUCACCAGACCCUGUAUGACUUGUAAAUAAAAGACAUUUAUUAAAUA